CAAACUGAACAUGCCUUGACUUUGACCUACAUCAUCAUCUUCCUCUCUUCUCUUAUCUCAUGUCUCAGUUUUCUUCGACAAAAAAAUAUUUUAUUUAAUGUUUUCUCAGUAGUAGUACAGUAGCAUCAUAAAAAAACACUUCAAUUUUUGUCAAAAUCUGAGUGACCCAACUGCAAAAAAAUCCAUUCCCAAUUUUUUUUUUUUUUUGUAAUAACCAUUCAUCGUACCUAAACAAUCAAUCUAGGGUUCUUUUUUCCCCAAAUUGAAAAAUUGCAAUUGUGCUUCUCAACAAACUCAAAUUCAUUCUUCAGGGGUCGUCGCAGAAAACCAAUGGGUCGUUCUCGAGGGAAUUUUCAGCACGCCGAUGAGGACCCCAACCAAAGGUCCAGGAGAAAAAAGAAUGCUGCCAGUGGUGAAAAUUUAGAAUCUGGAGCUGCAGGUCAAGGAGUAAGUGAGGGGGGAAAGAAAGCUCUGUAUCACUGCAAUUAUUGUAAUAAAGAUAUUUCAGGGAAAAUCCGUAUUAAAUGUGCCAUGUGCCCGGAUUUUGACUUAUGUAUAGAGUGCUUUUCUGUUGGAGCUGAGGUGACACCUCACAAAAGCAAUCACCCUUACAGGGUUAUGGAUAAUUUGUCUUUCCCUCUUAUUUGCCCGGACUGGAAUGCAGAUGAUGAAAUUUUGCUUCUAGAGGGAAUUGAAAUGUAUGGCAUGGGAAACUGGACAGAAGUUGCUGAGCAUGUUGGGACAAAGAACAAACAAUCAUGCAUAGAACACUAUCAGAAUGUAUACUUGAACUCCCCGUUCUUUCCUCUUCCGGACAUGUCUCAUGUUGUUGGGAAAAACAGAAAAGAACUUCUCGCCAUGGCAAAAGGGCACGGUGAGGACAAGAAAGGAAUUUCUAUGGGGGACCUUAGUGUAAAGGAAGAAUCUCCCUUUUCUCCAUCUAGAGUCAAAGUUGAAGAUUCCCAUAAAGCUGGUUCCGCUAACCGUUUGCCUUCCAGUUUGAAUUCAGAGUUAGAUUCUGGCCCUUCAGGUAGCGCACAUGCAGCAGCUGGUGCUAACCAGAAGGCCUCCAAUAUGGCCCGAGGGAAAGGUGGUCCUGGAAUCAUUAAAAUGGAAGAUUCUCAAGGAGACAGAGAUUUUGGAGGAAAGAAGCCAAAUUCCUCAGGAAAUGAAGGUCCUUCUUUAGUAGAAGCAAGUGGUUUUAACGCAAAAAGACAGGAAUUUGAUCCUGAAUAUGAUAAUGACGCUGAACAACUACUAGCUGAAAUGGAAUUUAAGGACAAUGACACCGAGGAAGAGCGGGAGAUAAAAUUACGUGUCUUGCGUUUAUAUUCAAAAAGGCUUGAUGAAAGAAAGCGUAGGAAGGAUUUCAUACUUGAAAGAAAUUUGUUAUACCCAAAUCCAUUUGAGAAGGAUUUAACUCCUGAGGAGAAGGCAAUAUGUCGGAGAUAUGACUUAUUCAUGCGCUUUCACUCUAAGGAAGAUCACCUGGAAUUGCUUAGAACAGCUAUUUCUGAACACAGAACUUUUAGAAGACUUCAAGAGCUUAAGGAAGCCCGGGCUGCUGGUUGCCGCACUUCAGCUGAAGCAGAAAGAUAUCUGGUACAGAAGAGAAGAAGGGUAGCUGAAGAGAAUGCUCUGAGGACAAAGGAAAGUGCUCUGCAGGUUGGCCCAAGCAGUCAGGCGGUUCCAAAUGCAUUAAUGUCUCCAGACUCUACUGGCAAGGAUAUAAGCGUGAGACCUGCCACUUCAAGCUCUGUCAAUGAAAUCGAUGUAACCGGAUACUACGGAGCAGAUUUACUUUCUGAACCUGAGAAACGCUUAUGCUGCGAGCUAAGGUUGCCUCCAGCGGUGUAUCUAAAGAUGCAAGAGCAACUGUCUGUACAAAUGAUUGCUGGCAAUGUCUCUACAAAAUCAGAUGCUCACCAAUUAUUCAAGAUGGACACCUUCAAAAUUGACAGGGUGUAUGAUAUGCUCAUUAAAAAGGGAUUUGGUUCACCCUGAGAAGUCUCAUGCUUCAUCAUCUGUGUCACCUCAUUAUCUAUCAACCUCUUCUAGCCUCCAGUUAUCAAAAUCAAUUUAUGUUGUUGUUUGUAUAUCAAUAUCUCUCAGAAAUUUUGAAGUGUUGUCUCAAGUUUUAGUUAUCAGCUGAGUUAUCGCAAGGAUGUACUAUACACAGGAGUUAACUGAUAUUGGAUAGAAGUUAUGAGUGUAUAGGGAUAGGAGUAGUCUAGGUCAGGAUAGGCUUUGGAUAAAUAAGUCUGACCUACUUAAAAAUUUUAAGGUUUGUGUUUGGAUGCUUAGGAGAGAACUAUGAAUUGUCUUCAUAUGAAAAUCAAUGUAACAAGGGCGCAUAGCCCAGUCUUCAAUCAUAAAGCAGUCAUUUGGUCA